AUGCUUCCGGGCGUGGGCGUGUUCGGCACCAGCCUCACGGCGCGCAUCAUGGUGCCGCUGCUGCAGAAGGAGGGCUUCAGCGUCCGGGCGCUGUGGGGGCGGAGCCAAGAGGAGGCGGAGGAGCUGGCCACGGAGAUGGGCGUGGCCUUCUACACCAGCCGCAUCGACGACGUCCUGCUCCACCCUGACGUCGACCUGGUCUGCAUCAACCUGCCGCCUCCGCUCACGCGCCAGAUCGCUGUGAAGACGCUGGGUAUCACGGCCCCUCUGUGGGACCCCUCUGUUGGACCCCUCUGUUGGACCCAUCUGUGGACCCCUCUGUUGGACCCCUCUGUUGGACCCAUCUGUGGACCCCUCUGUGGACCCCUCUCUAAGACCCCUCUGUGGGACCCCUCUGUGGACCCCUCUGUGGACCCCUCUGUGGACCCCUCUGUGGACCCCUCUGUGAGACCCCUCUGUGGGACCCCUCUGUGGACCCCUCUGUGGACCCCUCUGUUGACCCCUCUGUGGACCCCUCUGUGGACCCCUCUGUUGACCCCUCUGUGGACCCCUCUGUGGACCCCUCUGUUGACCCCUCUGUGA